AUUUGGAGGGCGGGGGGCGAUCUCAAGCUCUUUUCGUUGCGGAAAGUCUUUGAAGUAAGGGAUCUAGAAGAGUGUCCCUGGGCGACCAUGCCAGGCGCCUGGUGCUUGGUGACGCUGCUAUUCCGGGAAAGUGGAGGCAGAGGGCGCGGUCUUGGCCCGGCAGCCACUCGCUGAAGCCCCUGGCAGGGGUUCGCCAAGCUGUCCUGCCGGGUCCCUUGCCCAUCCCCGCCGCCGCCGUGACAGUUGGGGGUCUAGGGAGCCGACUGGAGGAGACCCGCGCAUUGUCUGCCGCGCGAUGGGGACGUGGGCGUGCCGGCUGCCUUCACCUCCUCCCGGACCCGGCGAUUGUAUUGUGUGGGGAGGAGCCGGCCGAAAAGCCCUCGGGGCUUAAAACGCCAGAAAGUUCGCGGGCCGCUGGCCACCAACCUUCAGCCCUGGCGGCCCACGCCCUGAGCCCAGUUCGGGAGGAGGAGCUGUCUACGGAUUUGCAUUAGAAUUUAGGAUCCUGGAAGCCCCUUCCCCCACCCCCAGGUUUGAGUUGCUAGAGGAGGAAUUCCGAAGCCUGCCUUUCCCUGCCUCCUGAGCUCACUGCCGGGAAGCUGCUGCCUGCGUGUCCUGGAACUUAAAUUGUGUGAAGUUGUGAGUUGAGUGCCACCCCCCUCUGGAGAGAAGCAGGGAGGAGACCCAGGACCCCGGGCACCCUGCACCUCAGCUUCCAGGCUGGGUGGGUGAAGACAGGGUCUGCAGCCAGGAUCUACGGCAUCUUCUUCUGUGACCAAAGCUCCAAGGUCAGGGACUCUGUAAAUGGCUCGACUCCCUGCCGGCAUCCGCUUCAUCGUCUCCUUCUCCAGGGAUCAGUGGUACAGGGCCUUCAUUUUCGUCCUGACAUUUCUGCUGUACGCCAGUUUCCACUUAUCCCGAAAGCCCAUCAGCAUAGUGAAGGGUGAGCUGCAUAAGCACUGUGCUGGGGGUGAGGCUGAGCCCAGCUUCAGUGGCCAGAGCAGCAGCGCCGGCCACAGGCCCCCUCGCCAGCUCCCGGACAACGAGACUGACUGCGGCUGGGCCCCGUUUGAUAAGAACAACUAUCAGCAGCUGCUCGGGGCCCUGGACUACUCCUUCCUGUGCGCCUAUGCUACUGGGAUGUACCUGAGUGGCAUAAUAGGGGAGCGCCUGCCCAUCAGGUACUACCUGACGUUCGGGAUGCUGGCCAGCGGGGCCUUCACCUCCCUGUUUGGGUUGGGAUACUUCUACAACAUCCACAGUUUCGGAUUCUACGUGGUCACGCAGAUCCUCAACGGAUUGGUGCAGACCACCGGCUGGCCCAGCGUUGUCACCUGCCUCAGCAACUGGUUUGGGAAAGGAAGGCGAGGGCUGAUCAUGGGCGUCUGGAACUCCCACACCUCCGUGGGCAACAUUCUGGGCUCCUUGAUUGCUGGCUACUGGGUGUCCACGUGCUGGGGCCUGUCCUUCAUCGUGCCUGGGGCCAUCGUGGCAGCCAUGGGGAUAGUGUGCUUUCUCUUCCUUAUUGAGCAUCCGAAGGACAUCAGAUGCUCCUCCACCCUGUCCAUGCACUCCAAAGGCUACGAGAACACAGUGGACAGAUUCAGACUCCACAAGCCAGUCCUGCACGGCGAGAAGAGCAGGCCUCUGACCCUCACCCAGGACCCAGAGAUGCAGUGCUUACUGAUGGCUGACGGGAAGAGUUCCAUCUGCCCGAGCCACGUCGUCGUCCUGCCAGGGGACAGCGGGAACAGCAUGACCGCCAUCAGCUUCACGGGGGCCUUGAGAAUCCCGGGUGUGAUUGAGUUCUCUCUCUGCUUGCUCUUUGCCAAGCUGGUCAGCUACACUUUCCUCUUUUGGCUGCCGCUGUACAUCACCAGCGUGGACCACCUCGAUGCCAAGAAAGCCGGCGAGCUCUCCACCUUGUUCGACGUGGGCGGGAUCUUCGGUGGGAUUCUGGCGGGUGUCAUCUCCGACCGGCUGGAGAAGCGGGCCUCCACCUGUGGCCUGAUGCUGCUGCUCGCGGCCCCCACGCUCUACGUCUUCUCCUCCGUCAGCAAGAUGGGCCUGGAGGCCACCGUAGCCAUGCUGCUCCUCAGCGGGGCCCUGGUCAGCGGACCCUACGCGCUCAUCACCACCGCCGUCUCCGCUGACCUGGGCACUCACAAGAGUCUGAAAGGGAACGCUCACGCCCUGUCCACCGUGACAGCCAUCAUCGACGGCACCGGGUCUGUAGGAGCAGCCCUGGGCCCCCUGCUGGCGGGGCUCAUCUCCCCCUCGGGAUGGAGCAACGUGUUCUACAUGCUGAUGUUUGCAGACGCCUGUGCCUUACUGGCUGAAGGAACACUGACCCCGGAGUCCCGUGGAGGAAGGGCUGAGCCCGUCCCUCACAAACUGUUUGGAGAGACAGCUGAAGGAGGACCCUGCCCCGAGUGGCUCGCCCUUGCCUUUUGCACACGCUCCUGGAAAAGGCCCAAGGGCCGACUUGAGAAUUCCUGGUACUAGUCACACAGACGGGCGCUCAGGACAGCAGCGCAGGUCCAGGACGCUGUCCGACUGCCUUAGCUGAGCCCAUGGAUGGACAGCUCUGGCCGCCCCAGCCCCACAGAUGCGCGUCCAUCUAGUCCCUUGAAUACAGUAUGUGACAGCCCCGUGGCACUGACCCACAGCACCUGGCAGCCCUGUCCGUCUCAGGUACCCAGCAGCAGUGUUAAAGUGCACGAGCCCCAUGCUGCAGGAGAUCCGGCCACCACGUGCCGCGGGUCCCGGAGGACUUGAACGGGCAGGGAAAGGCCGGGCCUGGGACCUCAAGGACACGUCAGCCAGCCCGGAGCCCGCCUCUGCCUGGCAUCAGAACCAAGGCAGAACCAAGACCCCUACUACCCAACAGGUUUCUCCAUCCCUUCCCAGACUCGGUCCCCACCUGGACACUGAUGGUCAGGAAGUGGACAGAGAUGGCAAUACGCUGCCUAAGGAACCAGCCCCAGGGCACUGUGACCCCUGCCCAGCUCCAGGCAUCCUGCUGGUGUCUGCAGCCACGCACUGCUGGUCCCCUGUGAUGUCCAGGGCCGGGGCAGAGGCCUGGGAAGGGGCCUGGCUGUGGGCACCAAGAGCCACGGGCGUCUCUGAGCCACUUGACUCGGUCACUUGCACAAACACGGGAGCAGUUUCUAGAUCCAUAGCAACAGAGGGGAUAUUUAUUUAAAAUGUAUGAUGUCUUAUCUGAGGCUAAAGGAAUACAAAUGGCAUUUUGUUAUUUAUUAAGACAAACUAGUGGCUCUCUGGACAUCUGUUUUCUGGGUUGGCUAUAGCAACGUCCUUAGCUGCCUUUUGAAAUAAAAUGGGUUUUUAAAAAAAAUCCAAGCAGAAUACUCAGGGAAUAUUGAUCAUUUCUGCCCGUGUUUCCAUCACACUAAAAGAAAACUUCCAAAUA